AUGGCUGAUACAGAUUUACAAUCGUCUGAUCUUUAUCAUACAAGUAUUUGUGGUUCAAUUCUUCUUCCUACAGCAACUAAAUGCCCAUCGGAAAUAUUUUCUUUACUUCGUCAUGGAAAAUUCGAUGCAUUUCGUCAAUCAAUGAAUAUUUAUCAUCAAGAUAUUAUACAAAUGAAAAAUGAAUAUGGACAAACUGUAUUACAUAUUCUCACAAUACAUGCGUAUCCAUAUCAUUGGGUACGUUUAUUAUUGAUGCAUGGAUGUGAUCCAUGUUGUCAAGAUAAUGAUGGACAUACAGCAGUACAUUAUGCAGUCGAACGAGAUGAUGUUGAAAUGUUGAAAGCAUUAACAACAUGUUUCAAUCCUCGAAUUGCAUCAUUUUCAGAAGAAAAGACAGCCGCAAUUCAUGAACGUUGUUUAAAAGCUUUAUCAAUACGAGAUAAACAUGGUCGAACUGUUUUCAUGCUAUCAUGUCAAUAUGAAUCUAUAAAAUGUCUUAAUUAUUUAAUUGAAUUAAAUAUUAAUGAUGUAAAUUUAAAAGAUAAUUUUGGUGAUACAUGUUUAUCUUAUGCUGUUGCUCGUCGAAAUGAAAUUCUCAUAGAUAAAUUAAUAAAUCAAUGUCUUGCUGAUGUCAAUGAUGGUGAUAAAAAUCGACCAACUGCUCUUGAUAUAUUAAAAUUUAAUCGAGAACAACAAAAACUAUCGGAUAGAACAAAGGAUGAUUCAAUCGAACGAAUACUUCAAAUAAAUAAUGCAGGUAAUCGUUAUGAAAUACGACGUACUUUUAAAAAACGUCAAAUAUCAACCGAUAAUGAUGAAUCGAGUAUAUACAAUUUAGCUUGUCUUUCAGUUAAUUCCAUUGCAAAUUCACAUAUAGAAGUGGCAAAAAAUUAUGCUCGAAUUGCAUUAUUAUAUGAAACUAAACAUGAUAUUAAUAAUGCUUAUGAAUUCUAUAAACAUGCAAUAAAUUCUGUACCAAAUGAUAUACUUGAUUGGGCUGAUUAUGCAUUUCAUGUCGCUAAGAUACAUUUAAUUCGUCAAGAAAAUCAAUUAGCAUUUGAUUUAUUACAACAAGCAUUAAUCUUAAGAAAACGAUUUGAAAAUGGAACUGAACAAAUUUCUUGUAUCGAACGUUUACUUGAUAGAUUGACCAAUCUAAACUAG